AUGGAAAACACUGAUCUAGGCCACAUGCUUCUCCCAAUUGUACACGUGUCCAACAAUGCCACGUGUAUCCCAUUAUGUCCGAAGAUUGAACAAUUUUGUCUGAUGAGCCUUUUCUGGGCAAGCGAUCAGUUAGUUACCGGUUUCAUUGAUGCCACCAGCUCUGAGCUUUUCUCAUCAAUAAUAAUGGCGUCGCAGCUGAGAACGAAGACCUUUGCCGUCGUCGGAGAUCAGAGACCCGUCGUCAAUUACUCCGCCGCCGCCGGAGGCGAAACAGCCGCCCUUUUUGAUUGGUGGAGGAAAAUUGCAGAAUCACCAAUAUGGCAGGAAACCAUUUUUUAUCUUCUCUGUGCUUCCUAUGCUUUCAUGGCCACGGUUGCCCUGGUACAACUGAUCAGAAUUCAGUUAAGGGUUCCAGAAUACGGUUGGACAGCACAAAAAGUGUUUCACUUGAUGAAUUUUGUUGUCAAUGCAUUGAGAGCUAUAGUAUUCGGCUUCUACCGGGGCGUGUUCCAUUUGAGACAACAUGCACUAAAAGUGUUGCUAUUGGAUCUCCCUGGGCUUCUCUUCUUCUCCACCUACACAUUACUCAUUCUGUUCUGGGCAGAGGUUUACUACCAGGCAAGAAGCUUCUCCAUUGAUAAUCUUAGACCCACAUACUAUAAAAUCAAUGGAGUUGUAUACAUCAUACAGGUGUGCAUAUGGAUAUUCAUCAAACUCAGUGGAAGCCCUGCAGGAGUUGAUGUUGCAAAGCUAUUUUUUUCAGUUAUUUCAUUUUGUGCUGCUAUGGGAUUCUUGAUAUAUGGUGGAAGGUUGUUUGUCAUGCUGCGACAUUUUCCCAUUGAAUCCAGGGGACGGCAGAAGAAGCUGCAUGAGGUGGGGUUUGUGACUGGAGUUUGCAGCAUAUGUUUCUUGAUCAAAUGCAUAGUGGUUGGUAUUUCUGCCUUUAAUGAGGAUGCUGAUGUUGAUGUUCUUGUUCAUCCAAUUCUAAAUCUCAUAUAUUACAUGAUGGUGGAAAUCUUGCCUUCUGCAAUGGUGCUCUUCAUCCUCCGGAAAUUGCCGGCAAAACGAGUGUCCGACCAGUACCAUCCAAUUCAAUGA